ACCGAAGGAUUUCACCGUUGCUCUUCCGAUGCUACCUACAGGAUGAACUUGCGGAUGAACUUCGUCCGUGUCCUCGGAUACUUUUUACUACAUGGAUACUUCUUUCACAGGGCAGUAAUUAUAAAGACAUUGGUUACCAACAUGAGAGCAAAAGUUCCUUACAAAUCGGUAUACGAAGGUCGCAUGUAUGAUGUAACUGUCAAACCUAUAAGAACUGCCCGUCGCUGUUCACUUCUUCUGGUGUGAAUCCCUAUAGAGUGGGCAAAGUUUCGAGCCACCAAUACAGACCCGUAAUUGCUAUUAUCGUACAUCACAUCUAUACAGCUGUCUUCAUCAUGGUGAAAGUUGCCAUUGCCGGCCCCGGCCAUCUCGCCCGCGAGAUAAUUGAUGCCCUGCUUGCCACAGGGAAGCACGAGAUCAUUCUCCUGGCUCGGAAGGAUGCAACUCCUGACCUGAUCGUCCCCGGAACCACGUGGGUCAAGGUUGACUACCAGGACCGCGGGGCGCUUGUGCGCGCUCUGCAAGGGGUCCACACCGUGCUGUCUUUCAUCGUCGUCAGCCAUGAUACCAACAACACGUCACAAAAGACGCUGAUUGACGCGGCCAUCGAGGCCGGAGUCAAGCGCAUCGCGCCGAGCGAGUGGGCUCUCGCCAACCAAGCACACCUCGAGACAUUCUACGCCAACAAGCUCGAGAUCCGCAAGUACCUCGAGUACAAGAACCAGGACAAGCAGGUGAUCGAGUACACGCUCUUCCAGCCGGGCUGGUUCAUGAACUACCUGGCCGGCCCGCGAGGGUCGACCAAGCGCACGCCGACAUCCGAGAUGACGCUGGUCGACCACGGGCGACUGCGCGCCCACGUCGUUGCCGGCGCCGGCAACCUGGACAAGCCGGUCACGUACACGGCGCUGCAUGACAUUGCCAACAUUGUCGCGAAGGCGGUCGAGUACGAGGGCGCGUGGCCCACGAAUGGCGGCAUUAAUGGCCAUACGCUGUCGCUUGGCGAGGAGAUCACCAUCGGUGAGAAGAUCCGAGGCAAACCCUUCCAAAUCGAGGCCCUCGAGGCCGAAGACCUCACAGCCGGCAUAGUCAAGGCUUCAUGGCUGCCCCCGCUUGGCCACCAGCAGCACCCGGGGGAACCUUCCAACGACGAGUUUGCCAAGGCGGUGCUCCGCGCCAUGUUGCUCAACCAUGCGGCCGGGGCGGCUGUUGUUUCGGACGAGUGGAAUCGCAUCUUCCCGGACUAUAAGUUCACCAAGGUUGACGAGUUCCUUACUGGCGCGUUUGGAGACGCUUAGGCCGGUACUGGGUACAUACAUAGUAGUAGGACUAGUCUACCGGGAUUUUCCUAGUGUUCAGGCGGUGGAACAGCCUCCACAUGACCUGGGGUUACUAUUUGCAGUAAUGUAGUUGAAACAAGUUAGCCUGUCGCAGAUGUAUCACCUG